AUGUUGGAAGCUUUCGAAGGAGGUUGCAAAAUUUUAUUUCAUUACAAACCAAAAAAAAAACAAAAAUGCAUACAUAGUGUAAGAGAUUUGUCGCUUUUAUUUACAAAUGACUUUACAAAAAAGAACCAUCAUGAUGGAUUUGUACUAUUGUCAGCAAGAUCAGAUAUAAAAAAUGAAACUGUUUUGGAAUUACAAAUAAUCCUGGGAGCUUUAGUAAUCUUGUAA